UUAUGGUCACAGUGUUCUCAGACUCAUGUCCACGUGGGCAUGGUCGAAGAGAGGAUUUCAUAUGCAGGGACAUUGUCGAGGAAUUGAAAAGCAAGUUCGGGUCCUGGUUUCUCGUGAUCUUCGGGGAGUGGAGUGGAGCAAAUUGCAAGGGUGCCCUGCACCUCUCAAACAGAAGAGAGUUUGAAAGGCAUAUGGCAGUUGCUGACCUGCAUGUUUGGACCUCAGUUUCAUUCUCUACACUAAACGCACUGUAUGCAAUGCACCCCAUGAAUCAGCUGCAUCAGCCAGCGAGUAAGUUCUGAAGAAAUGCUUCGUCACUGGAGAGAGAGAGAGAGGGAGAGAGGGAGGGAGAAUUCAUUUUACAUGCAUUCUUGUCACUUAUAUAUAGGUAUAUGGGGGAUUUCGGCCGAACAGCAGCAUAUAUAGGUCCACUCCGGCCCGGCGCAUCCCUCAGACAUCCUCAGAGAACUAUGUUGGGGACUAUGCUCUAUGAUUCACAGUGGUACAGACUUCAAGAUGUCUUCAACAUGCGGGUCCAUAUAGUCCACCCUUUGGGAAUUGUGCGAUCUACUCUGAAGCCACUGUAUUAUACACACUCUUCCACUUCCAUGAUAGGGAGUUGGAGGGCAGCACAUUGAUGUACAUAGUACCUCCACCUAAUUACCUGCUUUCUUUGGCAGCGAUGCCCACUAGACUUGCUAGAACUGACCACUACGGGCAGCUUGACCCAGACAGCAGCAGGUGAGCUUGACCUCAACAGCAUUUGCCACAGAUGUGAGCUUGGCCAAAUCAUUUGGGGUCCCUGUUCUCAUGGGCAAUGAUGAGGAUGGCAUGACGCCAGCGACCUCCGAGCCUCGUCAAGAAGGCCAUGAAAGUGCCAAGCCGCUGCAAAGAAGCUUGGCCAAGAUCUUGUCCCUCAGCAACCGCGAGCGCUCGGCCAUGGGCGCCAAGGGGCGCUUGGCCAUGCAGGCGUUCUUGGCGGAAACCCGCCCGGCGCGAAUGUCCGGCUUGCUGGCGCGGCUCAGACGUCCGAAAGCGGCCUCCGCGUCGCCAGGGCCGAAAAUCGGCAUCUUCAUCCAGUUGUUUGAUAUGCAUCCAUGGAAGGAAGUGAAGAAAUGUGUGCAGACAGUAUUGGAAGCUGCUGUCCCUGGCACAGUGGAUCUCAUCGUGACCGCGACCAUGCGCCACCAAUAUAUACAUCUCAUACUUCCAGUAAUAAGGCAAUCUGCCCCUGCAUCUUUACAGUUUGACAUCCUAUCAUAUGCUGAAGACAGGGGCGCUGAUAAUGGUGUUUUCUUGCAGCAACUCCUCCUCGCAAAGGACUUGCUUACGGACAACGAUAUCAUUCUGAAGCUGCACUGCAGUGGUGGGGGACAUCAGGACCAGGUGCGGAACCUGAGUAUCAGUGGUCUCUGUGGAAGCAUUGAUUCGGUCCGUGCGAUCAUCGACCAGUUCAAAGACCCCGUGCUUGGCAUGGUUGGUCCCACCAACCUGACCUGGUCCAACAACGAGCUGACCAGCCAUGUCGCUUUCAAUCUCACGCAGGGAGCCUUCGACUCCAAAUCGGUACAGCGCAUGAAAGAGGUUUGGUCAUUGAUGAGUGAACAACGGUUUCCACCGCGUACAGUUUGGAACAUCGUUUUCGGCUCCUUCUACUGGGUGCGUGCAAACCUACCUGUUUGGGAAGAAGAUCUAGUUCCGUGGGCCCCAGUGAUCCUGGAUGCAUGCAAGUCAAGGAAGAAAUGCUUAGCAAUAGCACGCGGUCUUGAAAGACUUUUGCCCACCCUGGUGGCUACCACACACAAAGUGGUGGCUGUCCCUGUGAGCAAAUCCUGGCCAACAUGAUGCUCAGGCAUGGUCUCACCAAAAAGGCAAGCUGGCGGCAGGGUAGUUUAGAGCAACUGCUGUUGGAAACAUUUGGGCAUGCCUUGAAUUCUCAACAAGGGUCCAGAAUUGUUGUAUAGUAUAGUGGCCAGUCGCAAAAAUCAUCCACCAG